AAAACGCUAUGCUUACAAUGAACCCCAGCGGAGACUAAAAGGAAAGACUGAGGGAACUCGCCCGAAAUCUGGCUUUUAAUUUAUUUAUAACAAAAAGUUAGAUUGUUACCAGUAGUCGUACAGAUCUGUAGUUCACAGUUUGACACGUAGUUGUCGUUGGACAAACAAGUUGCGGACUGCUCUUGAAGUUUUCCUACAAGUGUCUUGAAUGAGGAAAUCGUCUCAGGCUAACGUUAUGUAGCAAGCUAAUCUCAUUUAUCCAUUCGUAAACUCAGCUUUCAUUUCACACAGUGUUGUAAAUCCUACACAGAGGCAUGACCGAGUACAAGCUUGUGGUGGUCGGGGCGGGAGGUGUGGGGAAGAGCGCUCUCACCAUCCAGCUCAUCCAGAACCACUUCGUUGAUGAGUAUGAUCCAACCAUUGAGGACUCGUACAGAAAACAGGUGGUGAUUGAUGGAGAGACCUGUCUGUUGGACAUCCUGGACACUGCAGGUCAGGAAGAGUACAGCGCCAUGAGGGAUCAGUAUAUGAGGACAGGGGAGGGCUUCCUCUGUGUGUUUGCCAUCAACAACACCAAGUCCUUCGAGGACGUCCACCUCUACAGAGAGCAGAUCAACAGGGUGAAGGACAGCGACAGUGUUCCCAUGGUGCUGGUCGGGAAUAAGAGCGACCUGAGUACCCGCACGGUGGAGUCGCGGCAGGCACAGGAGCUCGCACGAAGCUACGGAGUACCGUUUGUCGAGACCUCUGCUAAAACCAGACAGGGUGUCGAGGAAGCCUUCUAUUCAUUAGUGCGGGAGAUUAGAAGAUAUAAAGAGACCAACCGCAGCAACAAGAAGAGCAAGAAGAAUACGCAGAGACGUUGCAUAAUACUAUAGCAAACCACACACACACACACCAGCAGCAUCCCUUGCAGCACUUGUUUCAUGCAACCCUUCACACACUGCACCUCCUCUGUCACGUUGGAGACGUCCAGCACAGCUCCGGGCGAGGAGGCAGACGUGGCAAAAUCCAAUUUUUACUGCUGUCACAGUUUCCACUUAGAAGACUUGCCAUUUAUUCAUCCACUGUGCAGUGUCAAUUUAACACUGUGAAGUCAGUUGUGUUUCUUUUAAUUUUUGUUGUAAUGACCAAACGACUAGAAAUUCCAGUUUUAGUUGAUUUUUUUUUUUUUUUUUAAGGUCAGUAUUACUGCAAACUUAACUUGAGUCUGUGGUAGAUUUUAAGAUUUAAGACCCAGAAUGAGAAUUUGUCUAUAAGUGUAGUUUGUCUGGCCAGUGUGUCUUACAGACAGUUCAGCCCCUGUUGACUAUUUAAAGGGUCGAGGGUUAACAGUUGUGCGUCACUGCACUUUGCACUGUCACAUCAGGUGAUGCAUUCAGUCCAAUUUUCCAAAAUAAUUUUAGGACUGAACAUUUUGUUUAGUGUGAUGAAAUGACGAAUCUGUAUGUUUGCUCGGUACACAUUUGACGAAAUCGAAAAUCCCACAAAUAACAUGAAAACAGUGUCAUAUUGACUAGGAUACUGAUUGGACAACUACUUGGAAAGUUUGUAAAAAAUAAUUUCUUCCCCUUGUGUUUUUUCAUAGGUUAGUGUGUCCUCUGGGGCUUGAAACACAACAGCAAUAUCAUUUUUAAUUUUCUCAAAGACUACAAUUCAAUGAAAAUGCUGUUUUAGGGUAGUAUUACACACAGUAUCAAAGCCUCAAAUCGUGUUCCAGACUCCUAGGUGCACUUUAUUCAUUUCCUUUUAUGUUUUUAUUGUAGGUUUUAUGAUUAGUUCGUGCCAUCUUAAAAGUUUACUCAGGAAUAUAGUGUUUUAUCAGGAACUGAGGAAUAACAGAGAGCUGUCAAAUGAUUGGUUAAGAUCUGAUGCCUGUGUCCAUCCGUUCACACCAUCAUUAACUUACUGUUUGUAGUGUCAGCCCUGCUGUUUGUUCCACACUGUAUUCCAAAGUCCACUUUUAAUUCAUUUUUUGUCAGAUCCAGUGAUGCUGGUGGUUGCAGUGUUGUGUUACUGUGUCCCAAGCACUUUUUUUUUUAUUGAUACAGCACUCUACCACAACAUGUAGCAUGAGCAGCAAAUAUCUAUGUGGUACUACUUACAUUUAAACCACUGAUGAUGAAACCAGUGUUCCGCUCCAGAGCUCAGACACAAUGACGGUCACAGUAUCAGAUCAUACUCAAUGCUGGAUGACAAGGAUAUUCAAUAGGGCGUCAUUUUUUUACAGCAGUGUUUGACUUCUUUUAUAAUUACUGUCACCCUAAAUGCAAUGGAUUGUUAAAUCUCUAUUUUUGUAGCAUUAUAAACAGCUUCCCCAAUAUAAAAUCCAACAUCUGCAUUAAGAAACUGCUGUCUACAUAUUUACUAAAGUUAUAUCAAAGUUCAAUGAGCAUGUGUUAAACCAGCAGCUGUCGAUUAUCUUGACUUCAUUCCAUUGUUAAAAUAUGGAGAAACUCCAAACAAGUCUCUCACUGACAGCCAUGUAAAACCUUUAAUGGACUCUGCUGUGAUGAACAAGUAAAUAUCGUUAGCUUUUA